AUGAGAUCGGCAAGCGAUGGUGGAAGCAUCAAUGGCGCUCAGGCGGCUCCGGCGACCGAACCUGUGUGGCGGACGAGCGACCAAGAAACCGAGAAUGGCGGAGAUGGAGUUGAAGAGGACACAACGAGCCUCGCGACAAGCCUCAUCGAAGACACCACGCCGGCGUCACUACUUCCCGAGGUUCACAAUGCGAUUACAACCAAGACCAUACCCACGAACGACCCGACAUUGAAAAGCGCCGUCUACCGCGAGAUAUAUCAAUCGAUAAAGCGUGACGAUCCGCUUAUACAAGAGAAGCUUGCGUCUCCCUUUGCGCCACAAGCAUUGAAUUAUCCUUCAGCCUUGUCGAGAAGAGUAAACCUCGACAGUGUUCACAUGGCUGCCAAAAAGCUUGUAGCACAAGACAAGCUCUGGGCUAUGCACCUUCCCGAUGACCAUUUCGUGCUUCAGCGUCUGAACUGGAACCAUAUAUUCGGGCUCCUAAAGGCCAUGACCUCGAAACAGUCCGAUGGAGAUUUAGCGACCAUGCGAUUCGUUCUUCCCGAAAAUGUAUCGUUUGACUUCGAACACCGCCGCCUCGAAUUUGUAGACUCGACUACAGGGCAGACAUCUCGGCUCAGAGCAUCUGGCGAUCGUGCCAAUCCGACGGGAGUCAUAUUGAGAGGCCCCAGAAAGGCGUUGGCUAAGGUAGCUGAUGAGCUGAUCCAGGUGUCCAAGGAUGUUCAGGUAUUUGAGCUUGGAGAAGUAACUACCCAAGACUACGUAACCACUCAGCUAUGGCCGGCGACCAAUAAUUCAGUCAAAGACGAUAAAACGAGUUCUGACGCCGGAAAGGACUCUCUCUGGUUGAACACGGAGCCAACGAAGCCGACAGCGGAGCUCAGAGUUGAGCAUAUGCUCAUCCCCGUCCACUGGUCGGUGGACGGACUGAGUUCUUUUAUUAAAAAUGUCAUUUAUACUCAUCUACCGCCGAGGCUAGAUCCUACCCUUCAUAGCGAUCUCAUCAAACAAAUCGGUGAUGGUGCUCUUGAUAGGAAUGCCGUCAAGGCACGACUAAUCAUGAAGGUCUUAACGGAUCCUAGCGCGACUCCAUUUAUCACAGCACAUACGUUAGAGAUGUCAAUGGUUUUUCUUACACGACGAGGUGGUUACAUUGCUGACGCUGAUCGACUACUCUCCUUCGCGGAAGAGCGGGGGUUGCCCAUGGGCACCGAGUUUUUCAACAUCUUGCUUGAGGGCUACGCCUCCAACCUGGAUUAUAGGCACUUUCAUAAGCUAUUGAGCAAAAUGAACUCUCGAUUCUUCAAGCCCAAUGCGCGAACCUGGCUUCUCUUUCUGCGCCUCGUUCAGGGAAACAGCGAGCGGCAGCAGAUAGUUGCUGCAAUGUACGACCUAGGCCUGUUCGAAGACCCGGAAACUCGUCGUGGUAUUGGCAGUGUGUUUGCCCAGCGAGAAGCCCACUUGGCUUUCAAGACUGGAGGUGUCAAUAUUCAACAGUUUAUGGAUAUUCUAGCCACCACUUAUGGCAGUGACUGGCGCACCCAGGAGACUCUGAGCUGUAUUCUGAAGGAAUACCUUCAUGUUAUUGGAAAAGGCCUUCAAAUAUCCCAGCUGGAGCUCCUUCUUCAGAAACAGCCAGAUGACGGGCGCCCCCUGGAUGUUCGUUUCUUUAAUGAUAUUCUGGAGCACUGCCAGCACACACGACACUGGAAUCUUGCUAUUUGGACGCUACAACAAAUGAAUAAACGUGGUCUAAUGCCUGACGAGAAAUCCUACGACCAUCUGUUCCGGAUGGCUGUGUGGACAAAGCGACAGCGCACUCUGGGCGCCGUUCUAUUCCAGGCGAUUCUCGAUCAGAGCAUAACCUCCGAAAUGCGUUCGAUGCUGGCUGAUCUUAUCCAAGGCCGGUACGGCAAAGUUUUCUGGCGAACCCGCCAGCCUCUGGUUUUUAAUCGAGCGAUGCUGCUGGAUAUGUCUCUUCGACGCAACCUCUCGAGCCACGACCUAUGGCAUGACAUGGUGCAAUGCAUCCUAUCCGAGUGCGGUGAUCUGGUCCCCGGCCAGUCCCUGGCCGAAACCAUUGACCAAGCGCUUCGAAUCGACAAUUUCGAGCACAAGUAUGAGCAAAGGCUGAACAAGCCAGUAAUCUUCAAACUGAAACACCCAGAUGGCCUCUCCCCGGGACGGAGUUUAUCCCUGCAGCACAGCAGCGACGAAAGCCCAACCACUCUAUCCAAGGUCGACCCUGACGAGAGCCGGACCAAACUACAUGGUCACAGCAAUGUGGAACAUUCCCCCCUCAGCGCCGCACAGAGACUGCGCUUCUUCUCCAACGACACCCCCGCCCCGGUCCUCUCGGCACUCCUCCCCGACGCCAUCCUCGACCACGAAGAAUUCGAAGAUAUGGCCAUGUGCUCCGUCGAGGACGCAGAGCAAGCACGAGCUCGCGUCGCCAAGAUCCAGACCCUGGAAGGCGACGAAUUCUGGGGCUACGACGUCCAGGACGCGCCGCAGCCCUCCGCCGAAGACGGCGGCGGCAUCUUGGCAACCCUGGAGAUCGAGAGCGGAAACGCAGAGCCGCACCGCGUCUGGGAGUACUUCGGCUUCUGCGAGGCCUGGGACGUCCCCUGUUCCACCCCAGACGAGCCGGCGCCGGCACUGCUGGACAGGAAAUCCACGACGCAACAUGGCAAACCCGUCUCGGGUAACAAGAAGAGCGGGAAGGGCCAGUUCUUCACAAGCCAGAAACGCCGUGUCGGAGCUCGGAUUCUGAACAGUUCCCAGUUCAUGGAAUGGGCCGUCGACGCAUCGGACGAACCCCCAGAUGAGAAGGGGCAAACGGGAGAUGCGGAGGGACAGCCAGCGGACGCCGAAGCGGUCCCUUGA